AUGAGCGCUGCUGCUGACUGGAGGGAGGCCAAAGAUGCUAAUGGUAGAAUCUACUAUUAUAAUGCGAGGAGCGGCGAGUCGCGAUGGGAAAAGCCGCAAGAAAUGCUAUCUGAGCAGGAAUUGGAACUGCUGAAACACGGCUGGAAAAGUUCCAGGACUGCAGAUGGUAAGCUGUAUUACUAUAAUGUUAAAACCAAGGAGUCGCGCUGGGACGCGCCAACUUUUGAAGCUGAAGAGAACCUAGAGGAAACCAAACAAGAAGCUGAGGUUGCCAAAAGCACCGAGGUACACGAGGAGAGGGAGAAAUAUGCAAAUGCGUCAAAAAUACUGAAUCCUCCGCAGCGGACGAAGGAGGAGGCCGAGGGAGAGUUUAUCAAAAUGCUGCAGGAAAAUCAGGUGGACUCGACAUGGUCGUUUGGUAAGAUCAUAUCUGAGCUGGGGGCCUCGGACCCUAGGUACUGGAUGGUUGAUGAUGACCCGCUAUGGAAGCAGCAGAUUUUUGAAAAAUACCUCUCGAACAGAUCCGAACAUCAGUUGCUGAGGGAACGCGCAGAAACGAGCAAGUUCAAGAGCGCAUUCUGGGAAAUGCUACGCAGCAAAAAGGAGAUCCGAUAUUACACAAGGUGGCUGACCGCCAAGAGACUGAUUGCAAAUGAGACAAUUUAUAAACACUCAGUGGUAAGGGAAAGCGUCAAGAAAGCGACUUUCCUAGAGUAUGUCGACAGUCUAGCGCGAGAACGCGAAGAAGAACAUUCUCAGACCAAAAAGCAGGCCCUGAAGGAGCUAGAAGAAUAUCUGCGAGGAAUCAUGUCCUCCUCUGACGCUCCUGUGAACGGCUCCCAACUGCCUGUCGUUAGUUGGCAACAUCUACUCGACAACUACCUGUUCGAAAAGAACAAACGGUUUGUCGCAAAUAAGCAUUUCAAAGUCUUAUCCCAUGAAGAUGUGCUGAACGUUUAUCUCCAGUUGGUUCAUGAAGUGGAAGAUUCGAUGAAAGAGGAUCUGCGUCGGCUGCAGUCCAAAAACUACACGAAAGAUCGAUUAGCUCGUGAUCGUUUCAAAGAACUACUGCGAUCUUCUGACCUUCACAUAAGAGCGGAUUCCAAGUGGAAAGAUGUGUAUCCCGCUUUUAAGAACGAUCCAAAGUUUCUUCGCAUGUUGGGAACUUCUGGUUCGUCCGCUUUGGAUUUAUUCAUGGAUGUUGUCGAGGAGAAAUCUAUCACUAUGAGUGCAAAUCGCUCUAUUGCGCAAAAUUUGCUUAUUGAAAAGGGUUUCGAAUGGAGCGACGAAGACGAAACCGACAAGUCGCUGAUCAAGGAAUUAUUGAGCAAAGAACCCCAUUUCCAAGCAAUGGACGUAGACGAUAUCGACUCGACCAUAAGGCUCUUGAUAAAUUUUCGAAAGGAAAAGCAAAAAGAACAGCUUGAAGUGCAGAGUAGGAUAUGGGAGCAGAAAAAAAACUACUUUAGGCUGAUGUUAAAGAGAUUCUAUAGAGGUGCUAAUGUAAGACCUGAUUCAUGGGAAGCUGCUCGCGAGGAUUUGAAAAAUACUGUGGAGUAUAAAGAGCUAGGAGACCAAGAUGACGUCAAAAGAGCACUUUUUGACGAGUUUAAAAAGGCGCCCUCAGAGGACGACCUGCGUGUAAAUGCGGCGCCGCAAGCAAGUAUGAAGAGACCUCUUAGCUCACGAGUGGAAUUGGACUACUAG